AGUGGCGCAGCAGGACAGCCGUUGCUAUUGGAAAGCUUCAGGAGCGAGGGCGGACGCACGGAGACGGUUUCCGGGUUUCCCUUCCUGGGCUGGGAUAGCAGCAAGAGCAGAAAUCUCGUGUUGAAUAACAAUAUAUUAAAGUUACGCUCAGCAGGUUCUUCAGACAUCCCGUCAACAGUAGCGAUGUCUCAAUCUGGAGAGAAAGGGAAGUUCCCAGAUGCAGCAGGUUAUGUAGGGUUUGCCAACCUCCCAAACCAAGUGCACCGAAAAUCAGUGAAAAAAGGUUUUGAAUUUACCUUGAUGGUUGUAGGGGAGUCUGGUUUGGGCAAAUCAACACUUAUUAACAGCCUGUUUCUCACCGACCUCUACCCUGAGCGCUACAUCCCUGGUGCUGCAGAAAAGAUUGAGAGGACGGUGCAGAUUGAGGCAUCAACUGUGGAGAUUGAGGAGAGAGGAGUGAAGCUUCGCCUCACUGUGGUCGACACUCCUGGAUACGGCGACGCCAUCAACAGCCAGGACUGCUUCAAGACCAUCAUUCAGUACAUUGACAAUCAGUUUGAGCGAUACCUCCAUGAUGAGAGUGGCCUGAACAGAAGACACAUAGUGGACAACAGGGUGCACUGCUGCUUCUACUUCAUAUCACCAUUUGGACACGGUCUAAAGCCUCUGGAUGUGGAGUUUAUGAAGGCCAUCCACAGCAAAGUCAACAUAGUUCCAGUUAUUGCCAAGGCUGACACGCUGACACUGAAGGAGAGGGAUCGCCUGAAGAGAAGGAUCCUGGAUGAGAUCGCAGAGCAUGGGAUCAAAAUUUAUCAGCUACCUGAUGCUGACUCUGACGAGGAUGAGGAGUUCAAGGAGCAGACCAGAGUUUUGAAGGCGAGCAUUCCCUUUGCUGUGAUUGGUUCCAACCAGCUGAUUGAGGUGAAGGGGAAGAAGAUCCGUGGUCGUCUUUACCCCUGGGGAGUUGUUGAAGUGGAAAACCCAGAGCACAAUGAUUUCCUCAAACUACGCACCAUGCUUGUGACCCACAUGCAAGACCUCCAGGAGGUAACUCAGGAUCUGCAUUAUGAGAACUUCCGUUCAGAGAGACUUAAGACAGCGGGCAGGGCUGUGGAUGAGGAAGUGUUGGAUAAGGACCAGAUUCUGCUACAGAAAGAGGCUGAGCUGAGACGUAUGCAGGAGAUGAUCGCUCAGAUGCAGGCACAGAUGAAAAUGAAAUCGGAUGAGUAACACAGAGUCGGACCAGGUUGAUCCCAGCCUCCCCGAAAACACACACACACACACACACACACACACACAAACAAACAGAGAAACACACACCAGGAGCCCACACAUUCAGCAUCACAUCGUCUGUGUCUGCACACUACCACCACUCUCACUCCUUCCCUCCAAACAUCCAUCCAUCAGCUGUUCAGGAGUUCACCACUGAUUUUGUUUUUCCUUCAACAUGUCAAGACUCUACUGAAACCCAAAAUGUUUCCGUACUGGAUGAUUAUCAUUGACAUAUGUGUUAUUUCGUUUUUGAUCUUAAUUAUGGCCCACAGAGCUGCCAGUGACAACGGUACAAAUAUGUUUUGCCAUCACACAAAUAUGUUUACAAAAGUGUAUGCUCGAAUUGUGCUUUUUGUUCAAGUCCAAGCUUAAGGCGACAUUUUCCAUUUAUUUUGCUAAAACACUGUAGUGCUUCUUAUGUUUUGUUUCAUCACCUGUAACCUCUGAAUGGUUUCGGUGCCUUCAGGGCUUUGGUCUGAUAAUGUAAUAACUAUAAAUAUUACCACAAUGAAAGGUAAAGGUGGUUAAUGAAUGAGGUAAAAUGUACAAGCUGAGAUUGGGGAAGUCUCUUUUGUCUGGUUUUCUAGUCAUAAUAUUUGUCCUUUAUUGCAGUAAACUAUUAACCUUAUUUUGUAGCCAUCACUACAAACUUAAUUCAAGGCGCUUGUUUGACUGCUGCAAGUAGUCAAACUAAUAGCAGUCGGUCAUAAAGAGAAACCAGACUUUAGGAUCAUGUUUUAGUUGAGUUAAAGUGUCAUGUUGUUAAUAUUUUUGUAUUUAUCAUCACGAGCUGCAUGCAUUUAAUAUCGGUGCCAAACUAAUCAAAUCAUUCAGUCCAGUAACUUAAUAUCUGUCCAUUAUAGCUCAUGUGUAAAAUGGUCUGUUGAUACACUACAUGUGCAGUCUUUCAUCAUACAGUAUUUGGUCUUCUCGUUUAAAAACCAAAUACUGUAAUAUUUAACUGUUAUGUGUGUAACCCCUCCCACCCACCCCAUUCUUGUGCCAUUGCCACACUCAUAUGCAAAUGUGUCUGUUGAACUUAUAGAGACAAGCAUAAUUAUUAGUUCUUAACCAUAUGUCAGUAAAGACUUGUUUUUAGGCAAAAGCAUUUUUUGUAUCUCUCUGAAAUAAAAUUUGUUUGAG